GCACUCCACCCGAAGGAGAGAUCUGUUGAUGAUCUCCUCGAAGAGCGGCGUGGAUGCUCCAACCGAGUCAAAAGUCCUGGUCAUCUACACCGGAGGAACCAUCGGGAUGGUACCUACCCCUGAUGGUCUCAAGCCAAAACCCGGUGCUCUUGUGGAGUACCUGCGCAAGCAGCCCAUGUUCCACGAUGAGGACUAUGCCAAGGAGCAUCACCUGGAUGACCUCAAGAACACUCUGGUCCUGCCAGAGACUAAGUCAAAGAAGAGGAUCAUUUACACGAUACUGGAGUACGACCCUUUGCUGGACUCCUCCAAUAUGAUCCCAGAUAACUGGGUCAAAAUGGGAAAGGACAUUGAGGACAACUAUUUAGAUUACGAUGGGUUUGUGAUCCUUCACGGCACAGACACGAUGGCGUACACGUCCUCUGCCUUGUCCUUCAUGUGUGAGCAUUUGGGAAAGCCAGUCAUUCUCACCGGUUCCCAGGUGCCCAUCUACCAGUUGAGGAAUGACGGCAGAGAAAACCUGCUGGGCGCAUUGAUCAUUUCUGGCGAGUUUGUCAUCCCUGAGGUGUGCUUGUACUUCAACAACAAACUCUACCGAGGGAACCGCGUCACAAAGGUGGACAGUGAGAGUUUCGAUGGAUUUUCCUCUCCUAACCUGGAUCCCCUGGCCACUGCUGAAGCGGAAAUUAAAAUUAAUUGCGACAUCAUUUGGAAGGAUCCCAACCCUGGCAAGUUUCAAGUCAGCACCAAGCUGAACUCCGAUGUUGGUGUGCUCAGACUGUUUCCGGGAAUCACUGCUGAUUCUGUGGAGGCUUUCCUGAAGACCAUGAAGGGCGUUGUCCUGGAGACAUACGGAAGUGGAAAUGCCCCCAACGACCAGCCUAAGCUGCUGACAGCGCUGAAGAACGCCACCGAUUCUGGCACCAUCAUUAUCAACUGCACACAGUGUCUGAGAGGUACCGUGUCGGCAUCCUAUGCCACUGGUCAGGAUUUGAUGAAGGCAGGCGUCAUACCUGGAGGUGAUAUGACUCCAGAGGCCAGCCUGACAAAGCUGUGCUACGUAUUGGCCAAGACAGAGGACAGUAGUGAAAGAAAAAAGAUGAUGAAGGAUAACCUGCGAGGUGAAAUUACCCUGCUGAAAAGAAACGAGCUGUGUCUGACCAACAGCCAUUUCAUCCAGAUCAUCGGCAAGUCGCUGAGCAUCAGCUGCAAGGAGGACCUGGAAGCCAUCAGUAACGCUUUGACUCCUCCUCUGGCAUGUUCUGCAGCCAAGAUUGGUGACAUUGGGGCCUUAGAAACCCUAAAAGACAUGGGUAGCAACUUGUGUCUGGGAGACUACGAUGGACGUACACCUCUACAUGUUGCUGCUUGUGAGGGACACCUGGAAGUCGUGCAGUACCUGCUCAGUCACGGAGCCUCGGUCCACGCUAAAGAUCGCUACGGAGACAACCCCCUAUCCAACGCUGUGCGCUUCAGGCGCAAGGAAGUUGUGAAGCUGCUGAGAAAGACGGGAGCCCACUUAUCCGGAGACCACCAUGAGGAAGCAGGAACUGAACUGUGCAGCCUGGCAGCCAGUGGUGACCUGGACGGCCUGGAAAUCUGGGUUCUUGCUGGAGCAGAUCCAAAUACACCGGGCUAUGAUGGAAGGACGGCCAUCCAAGUGGUCGAAGCUAUUGGCAAAACCGAUAUGGUGAAGUUUUUAGCGCAGCUCAUGAGCAAGAAAUCCGGGACCGGCGAGUGAUGGAAUUCACGGCCCCCCCGACAGGACAGUGAGCUGAUGGCACCGCAGCCGGCAGGCGUCCAUGUCCAUCCAUCUCCUGUCAAGUCGUCCUCUCAAACACCUUCCAGCCUUGUUUUUGAUUUUACCUUCUUUUUUAAGAAAAUGUCCACAUGACUUUUAAUGCCAUAACUGCUUCAGUCUGUAAUUUCAAAUGCAUUAACAUAUCAAGGAGUAACCACUUCUUUGACAUGUUCUUUCAUUCUUUGAAUGUACACUGUUUACGGAUGUGAACAUUUGGUUGUUACACAGUUGUCUUCUGUAUCUUUGAGGAAACAUCUUACUGGUCUGAAACUCUUCAUCAAAUGUUCUCAUUUCUUUGUAUCAACAACAGAAAUCUUAACCAGGGAAGUGUUGAUAAACUUCUGUCUUUUUUUUGUAUUGGAUACUUUGACAUGACUUCAUUAAGCAGAAUUUUCUUGUUCCAAAGUAAUAUAUUCCUGAUAUAUGUAUUACAGGGUAUAUUCACAGAUUUUAUUUUUAUGACUACUUUUGUACUGAGAAACUGGGAAGCGUGUUAACUUGGGAAAUUAUGGUUGUGUUUUUAUCAUCUUGGAUGUUAUCCAACUGCAACCCAUGUCCACCUCAGUCAAGGAACACAUCAGUCCCUGAAGAUGAGUUUUUCACUUCCUGCUGCUCAACAGGUAUCACCAAAACCUGACGUUUCCUUCAAGACUCAUCCAGCCUGUUUCUUGAAGCGUGGAA